AUGGGGGACACGGCUCCCCCCCAAGCGCCGGCUCUCCUGGGAGGAGGCGGCUCGGUGGCAGCAGCGGCGCCGCGAGUGCACAGCGCCAUCGUGGAGCGGCUGCGGGCGCGCAUCGCCAUCUGCCGCCAGCACCACCUGAACUGCGAGGGGCGCUAUGAGCGCGGCCGGGCCGAGAGCUCGGACCGCGAGCGGGAGAGCACCUUGCAACUGCUCAGCCUCGUGCAGCACGGCCAGGCGGCCAGGAAGGGCAGCAAGCACGCCAAGACGGCGGCGGGGGGGACCGGCGGGGGCGCCUCCACUGCCGCCGCCUCCAGCGCCGCAGCGCCCCCGCCGGCGGACUACUAUCACCAGCAGCUGCUCAGCAACGGAACCGCUGGUGUCAGGAGUGGGAUCAACGGGGAGCAGCAGGGCUCUGCGGCGGGAGGGGAGCAGAGGAACCCGGCUCUGGUCGCGCUUCAAGGUUCCUUGAAGAGAAAACUGGUGGUAAAUCUUUCACCAGCUAUCAACAAGAGAUCCAAUGGCAUUGCUGAUAGCACCUUCCUUGAUAUCAAGAGGAUCCGAGUGGGCGAUAACAAUCUUUCUGUGGCACAAGGCGGACACUGUGGUAACAACUGCCAAAACCAAUCACUGCUGGGAAGCUUGACAGUCGGUCAGGGUUCUCAAAGGAAAGUCAACAGCCCAACAAAUAAUACCCAUGCAAAUGCAAAUGGGAUGUUUAACAUGACUCUAAAGGAAGUCAAGAAAGAGCCAGGAGAAAGCUUCUCUUGCAGCAAACAUCUGGAUGGUCAAGCGUCACAGGGCAAUGCUUUCCCUAGCAGAUAUGGAGAAGAUGCAGGAGAACAGUUGAUGGAUCCAGAACUUCAGGAGCUAUUCAAUGAACUGACUAAUAUUUCAGUGCCUCCCAUGAGUGACCUUGAACUAGAGAAUAUGAUCAACGCAACCAUCAAACAAGACGAACCAUUUAAUAUUGACCUUGGGCAGCAGGUCCAGAGAGCGCCCCCGGCCAGAUCUUCUUCCCUGCAGAUGGAUAAAAUGGUGAUCAAGCAAGAAUAUUCACCAGCUAUGAACCAAGGUUCUGUGGGGUCACCCCAAAUGAGGCCUUCUUCUACAGGUCCAGUGUUCACAAUGUCUGGUGCUGCCAUGUCUGCCUCGUCACCAAUUCCUUCAACACCUCAGACUCAAACACCUCCAUCUCAAGCGUCCUCAGUUUCCAACAGGCCCAUGACCAACUGGCAAGAAGUUUCUCACGCCCAGCAGUUGAAACAAAUCGCAGCCAACCGACAGCAGCACGCUUUGAUUCAGCAGUGCCAGCAAAACCAGACGUCCACCUGGCCCCCAUUGCCGUCCACAGAACCUUCCCCUGGACCAUUUGUCCAAGAGAAGAUGCCCAACCCUUCUUUCCAUCAGCAGCAAUUCAGCCCACAAAGUUCUGGAAUGCCUGGAGUCCCUGUAAAUGGGAAUCAGUCGAAGGGGGUGAAUAGCUACAUCUACAGGACAAACUCCAUGCCCCAGGGAAGCUCCAUCAACAUCCUAAUGCAACGGAAGCCUCAGGACCUCAACCGAGGAUAUAUGAGCAACACCCAGCUGCCACUGGAAGAGCCUCAGAACAACGUAAAGCCCUUGUUUCAUUUCAACUCAGAGCAAGCAAACCAGCAGCUGCCUUCUGUUCUGGGUGCCCCAAACAAGCCUUCCAUUCUGCACUAUACACAGCAAGCGGCCCAACCACAGCCAAACUCAACAGCCGUGCAGACACCAACGCAGCAACAGCCACCAACGCCACAGCAGCAGCAACCACCUGCCCAGCCUCUCCAAAACCAGCCUCUCCAAAGGCCACCCAAUGUACCCUUAGCUUUACAGCAAAAGAUAUUGCUCCAGAAGAUGUUGAAAAGUCAGCCGGUCACAGGAAUGCAGUAUCCCGUUCCAGCUCAACAUCAGUUGGAUCAACACUCUGUCAUAGGCCAAAGCGCAGACCCCAGCCCAGGAUCGGGUACUUGCUCCAAUCCAAAUACUGGAAGCAAUUUCAUGAGCUCCCCUCAGCAGGCAUUGAUGAACCAGCAACUGAAACAGCAGCUCCUUCUGCAGCAGCAGCAGCAGAUACUAUCAGAAGCAGAGAAAAUAACUCCUCAAGAUCAAUUGAAUAGACACUUGACGAGACCACCACCUGAUUAUAAGGACCAAAGAAGAAACCAGGUCAAUAUCCAACAAACACACCCGUAUUCAGGUGGAUCACCUGUCAUGAACAUCAGCUCCAGCAUGUGCUUUUCCAACCCCGUUUCAACGCCCAGCAUUUCGUCACAGGCUCCUUCUCUUCUGUCUUCUGCCCAUGGAACCAGGAUGCCUUCUCAUCCAGCAGUCCGCCACAUGGGCUGCUACGGGAACAUCCCUUGCAGUCAGUCGAGUGCAUAUACUGUCACAACGUCUGGGGUGAGCCAGGUCCAACAACACAGGAACCCAAACCAAAUCAUCCCCAGUCCAAACAGUUCUGCAGUACCUCGGCAAGCACCAUCUGGGCAAGGAAAUAACCUGUCGGCGUUUGAGGGUGGGUCCGGAAUCAAUUCCCAGCCAGGGAAACUUGGCUUGAACCCGGGGACCAGUGUGCAAAGACCUCCAAACGUUAUGGUCACUUCUAGUUCUGUUGUUCAGAAUUGGGUAUCUCAAGAAACGGGGGCAAAGCCACAGGACACGCGAAAGGCAGUGGGGUCCCCUUUCCCCACAGGUAGCCCCUAUCCAAACCAGCCACUACAGCGUGCCAUUGCCCACCAGCAGUUUUCUCAGCACGCUUCAGUACCACCUAACACCUUGACUGCUGUCCAGAUGAGGACACCAGUGAACCAUACUUUAAACGGACAGGUGGCUGAAGCACAAAAAGCCCUGAGCGCAAGGUCUAAUCAGGUACAGGCGCAAGCCGUGCCACACUUAAACCCACCCGGGGUGAAUAUGACACCUGCAAACCCUUUGCUUUCAAACCAUUUCCAAUCUAGUACCGGCCAAACCACGCCGAGAGCUUUCCAAGGAACUGACCCUGCUAACGAUCUGGCAUUUGACUUUCUGAACCAGCCAGGAGACAGCAUCGGGCCAGCGCUCAACAGCGAUUCGGACUUCAUUGAUUCUCUGCUGAAAACAGAGCACGGGAAUGACGACUGGAUGAAAGACAUCAACUUAGAUGAAAUCUUAGGUGGUCAUUCCUGAGACAGAGGAACGGACAAUUACAAACUCUCUUGCUUUUUUUUUUUCUAGAGGCUCAAACUCCUAAGUUUCACUUGGCUGAUUUUGUAAAGAAGCAUUGGUUGGGGAGGGAGCUUCUUGGGAAUGAGUGGCUUACAGUGAAAAACCAAAUAUGAGAGAUUAACAUGAUCGUUUAAGCGCAUAACCUGCUCUCUGAAUCCAAAAUGUGUAGGCUAUUAUGAGCAUCUAUAAAGCGGAACAAAAAUGCAGGAAUGCAGAAAUAUACCUUCUAUUCUACUAAUAGCUGUAGCAUUGUAUUAUUAUUAUUAUGUUAUUUUAUUAUUGUUGUUAUUAUUAUUAUUAUUAUUGCAAACAAAAAUCUUAAAGAGUGAAAAAGGCAACCUGAAGCUCAUCCAGCCUGAAAAUAUUUCACACGUCUUAGGAGCAGUCAGUAGGUAUUAGAGAUGGGCACGAACUGGGGAAAAACUGAACCGUGCAGUUCGUGGUUCAUCGCAGUUCAUGAACUUUCAUGAACCUGCCCCGGUUUGCGAACCGGUUUGUUUGGUUCAUGAAAACAUCAUAUCCAGGUCAGCAAAUCGUCACUUCUGGGUCAGCAGAAGGUCACUUAUGGGCCAGCAGAAAGCCACUUCCAGGUCAGCAGAAGGUCUGCAGGAAGUCCAUCCCCUGUUGCCUAGGAAACUGAUUGAUUGGUACCAGGCUGUUUGCAGUGACGGACCAAAAAACGAACCAAACAAACCAGCCUAAAGUUCGUGGCGGUUUGUCAGAAAUGAGCUCUGACGAACCACUGGUUUGCGAACCACGAACCAGCCUGGCUCAUGAUGAACUUUGGUUUGUAUUUCGGUUCGUGCCCAUCUCUUGUAGGUAUCAGAGAACUCAGCACAUUUUCAAUGGACACUUCAUAAAGUCAUAUUUCUGCCUGCCCCAAUCUCUUCCUAGCCAUUCUCCUUAGAGGAUCCAAGACCAAAUUCAUAAGGGACUCCAGACUUUUAGCCUCUGGUCUGAGUUAGCCCCAAUAAAUAUAUAAAAUUAAACUCCUGCCCAACUUACCUCCAUAGGUCACCCACCUUCAAAACAUUCAAUCCCAAGUAGGUUCGAAUCGCCACUCUGACAUGAAAGCUGGGUGAGCUUGGGCCAGUCACACACCCUCAGAUUAACCUACCUCAAAGGGUUGUGGUAGAAAUAAAAUGGAAAAGAAGAAAAUAAUAUAACCCACCUUGGAUCUCCAUUGGGGAGAAAGGCAGGGUAUUAAAGUAAAUAAUAAAUAAUCCAUGGCCUUCCUGCCUGUCCCUAGGCCCCUUAUCAAGAACGUAAGAAUAUAAGAAGAGCCCUGCUAGAUCAGACCAGUAGUCCAUCUAGGCAAUUAUUCUGUUUCCCACAAUGACCAACAAGUUGUCCUGGAGGGCCAACAAAGGAGGCAAAGAGGCCAAGGCCUUCCCUUGAUGCUGCCUCACAGUACUGCUAUUCAGAUGUUUUCUGCCUCUGUACCUGGAGGUUCCAUUUAACAUAGAAACAUAGAGCUGGAAGGUAAACCAAGGGUCAUCUAGUCCAGCCCUCCUGCACAAUGCAGAAAAUUCACAGCUAUCUCUCUGUUUAGGUCACUAUGGCUAGUAACCACAGAUGGACUCUCCUCCAUGAGUUUUCUCCUGCCUUCACCUUUGCCCCAUCAGUCGGAGCUCAGGGAUGGACUUCUGCUGAUAUUGCUGGUGUUCUCUGUGCUUAUUAACUUUCGUGCAGGCCACACAGAAUUUCCACAUGUCUUUUGACACUCUCUCUCUCUCUCUAGAUGUCCAGAAUUCAAAUCCACUAGCACCAAAAUUUCCCAGGGUAUAAGCAUUCAUGAGUCAAAACCCACUUCAUCAGAUACAAGUGAGUUUUGAUUCACGAACAUUUAUAUCCUAGAAAAAAUGUGUCUCUAAGUACUACUGGAUUUUUGUUCUGCCACUACACACUGAAAUGGAUGCUAUCCACCUGAAAUUGCCCUCUAGUAGCUGCCCAUCUAUUGGUGGGGAGGGGCCACGAAUCAUGCUGCACAGGGACUUCCUGUUCAAGAGAUGUAGAGCAGCAGAUACAAACAACAGGCUAGCUUGAUUUUUCAUAUCACACUUGAGACUUUUUGAGUUCUGAUGGAGCGCUAAUGUUCCCCAGCAUAGUUCCCUACAUUCUGCAGAUGCAAGGUAUUUUUUAGGAAAGCCGCGUCACUUCUCCAAAAAAGAUGAGAUCCUUCUAAAGACUGCUUGUGUGCAAGUCUGGCAACUCUUGUGUGUGUGCUGCUUUUAAUUUCAAAGCAGCUUGGGAAAAGAAAAUUGCCAGUGAGUUGCAUGGACCAAAAUAUGGAAAAGUUGGGUUUUGUUAAAGCAAAAGUGCAAAGCGUGCAUAUCUAUCAUUUUUGGGUAAUUACAGUAAAAUGCACUACCCCAUAUAUUUUGCAUUAUUGAGUUAGGAGCUCUUCUCAGUAUUGGGUUGUAAAUAUAUAGAAAAGUUUUUUGUAAACUUUUGUACAAAAAAUGUAAUAUUUUGGUAGGAAUCCUGAGAUCAUACUCUUUGGGUUAUAUUUAUACACAUGUGAAAUUUUAAAAACCUGUACUGUCCAAACUUUGUAUUUUGUACCGCAAAGGAAAAAAAAUGCUUACCUUUUGUAUCUUAAUAUGCAGUUUUGAUUGUAUAAUAUGAUGGUUUUAUUUUCAUGCCGAGGCUUAAGUUUUGCUUUACAGGGAGACAGAACCGUCUCAAAUAAAAACUGAGGAUCUGA